AUGUCCGCAGUCACGCGACAGCCGGCCACCCCGGAGGAGCGGCAGCGUGCCCUAGAGGCCACCAUUAGCUGUCCAACGUUCUCCAUCCACAUGCCACGCCAGUCCCCGGAGGAGACGGCGCAGCUGAUGUCCUCCUUCCCCUUGCCCAUCACCGGCUGCCGCGACGUCUUCCACUGCGGCCACCAUGCCGAGUCCACGUUUGGCGGCGCCUCCUACUUCAUCCGCCGCCCGGACGGCAACAUCCUGGUGGACAGCCCCCGCUGGAGCCCGACGCUGGCGGCGAGGCUAGAGGCGCUUGGCGGGGUGGACACCAUCUUCCUCACCCACCGCGACGACGUGGGCGACCACGCGCGUUGGGCGGCGCGCUUUGGCGCGAAGCGCGUCCUGCACCGCCGGGAGAUGAACGCGCGCCAGGGCACAGACAAGGUGGAGCGUCCCCUGGAUGGGACAGGACCCUGGAGCCUGGGGGAGGGGCUCACCGUCUACUUGACCCCGGGGCACACCGAAGGACACGCCGUCUUAUUCUACGCCCCUGAUGCCGCGUUGCUGGCCGGCGACCACCUGUUCCUGUCGCGGCGGCUGGGGCGGCUAGCCAUCUCCAUCACGCACAACUGGUAUUCGCUGCCCCGCCAGCUGGAAAGCGUGGCGGAGCUGGUCGACCUGCCCGUGCGCCAUGUCCUGCCGGGGCACGGCAGGCCGAUGCACUUUGCGAGCGCAGGCGAGUACAGGGCGGCGGCGCUGGAGGUCCUGCGCUGCGACGGCCAGUGGGACGAUGGGAGCCGGGGCUUCGACCCUCUGAGGCAUCGAGCCUUGUUGCACACACCCUCCACGCUGACAUUCUCGAUGGUUUUGCUUGCCCUGCUGACCACCCUGAACUCCGCCUCGCCAUGUAACCACCCCAAGUUAUCUUUCAUUUCAUCUUGGCUGGCACCCCUGGCCGAGGCGUGCUGCCGGCUGCUGCGUCUGGGCGGGUGCGGGCAAGUCACGGAGCAGGUGCUGGGCUGCCAGGGUUUCUGGGGCUCCAUCGCCUUCCCCAUCGCGCUGGCCUGCCUCGGCGCCGUACUCCUGUCCAUGGUGCUGAAGGCCUGCUGGGAGCUGCGACACGCCAUGUCCAGCGAGCGGGGCAGCAGCGCGGCGCAGCAGGCCGGGGAUGCCCUGUCGGCUCUCAAGGCCGCGGCCCCCUCCGAGUACCCACCCGCCUCCCAUGCCUGGACCCAGCUAGAGGUCGACAAGGGUGCGGCCCAGGUGCUGUACUGCACGGGCUGCCACAAGCCCAUCGGCUCCCCUACCUUCUACCACAGCGCCAGCGCCUGCGCGGCCUGCGGCGCGGUGGCGCACGACUCCUGCCUGCGGGGCCUGGGGGACUCCUGCCGGCCCCUGUGCUUGGCCAAGGCAACCCACUGGUGGCAGGUCCCCGGCGCGGUUCUGCAGACCGCAGACAAGGGGUGCGGCCUUGCGCCCGUGACGCCCGAGCCCACCUGGCAGUGCGGUUUCUGCGCAGCCGCCGUGCACGUGCAGUGUUGGUGCAAUGUGCACGGCGCCGCUGCGCCCGGGGUCGCGGGGGCGCUACGGAGCUGGGGGGCCGAUGCGCAAGCAGACGAGACCCCCAGCGAUUCCUGCGCUAGCUCCCUGGCUAGCACAGACACCGAGGAUGAGGAGUGGGCCAGCCCCGUGAGGAGGCGCACGCGGGAGCUGCGGCGCCGGCAGCGACGCAUCGCCGAGCGCGACAUGCACCCCCUUGACGCGUGCCGGCCCUCCGGCCCCGCCUCCGGCGCGGGCCUGAGGGUGUCCGCCGCGCGGCUGCCGGCUGGCUGCCGCCCGGUGCUGGCAUUCGUGAACACCAAGUCUGGGGCGCAGGCCGGCACGGCCUUCCGCCAGCGCCUGCUGCGCUCGCUGCACCCGCUGCAGGUGGUGCAGCUGCCGCGGGAGGACCCCGUCGUGGCGCUGCGCCCGCUGCUGGGCCUGCCGGGCCUGCGCGUCCUGGUGAUCGGCGGGGACGGAACUGUGUCCUGGGUGCUGUCGGCCAUCGACGACGCGACGGCCGCGGCGACCGGCGGGGAGGCCGUCGGCGACGAUGAGGCGCCCCCAGCGCCGCCAGUGGGCAUCAUCCCCCUGGGCACAGGCAACGACCUUGCGCGCGUGCUGGGCUGGGGCGCCGGCGCGGCCGGCUGGCUGGACCACUCUGCGUUGGGGCUGCUGGAGGCGGUGGAGCACGCCGCACCCGUUCAUGUGGACCGCUGGCGGCUGCGCGGCGAGCGACGCGAGGGGGAGGGCGGGUCUGGCGGCAAGGGCAACCGGCCGGCCAAGGACGGGGAGGGGGAUGACACCCUGGACAAAACCAUGACCAACUACCUGGGCAUCGGCACCGACGCGGGGGUGGCGCUGGGGUUCCAUCGCAUGCGGGAGGGCUACCCCAACCUGUUCGGGUCGCAGCUGGGGAACAAGCUGCUCUACACCUGGCUCGGCGCCCAGCACAUGCUGUCCAUCCCCGGUUCGGACCUCUCCGACCUGGUCCAGGUCGAGGCCGACGGCAAGCCGCUGGAGCUGCCGGCCGGUAUCCAGGGCCUCAUGCUGCUCAACAUCAACUCCUUCAUGGGCGGUCUGGCUGCGGUGUUUGGCAUCUGGCACCUGGGCAAGCUGCAGAUCGGACUGGACAGCGCCAUCAGGCUGUGCCAGUGCUCGGAGCUGAGCAUCACCCUGACCAAGUCCAUGCCCAUGCAGGUGGACGGCGAGGCGUCGCAGCAGCCCGCCGGCACAUUCACCGUUUCUCGCCAGGGCCAGGUGCCCAUGCUGCAGCGCGUCCAUCCGGCCCUUGCCAGCGUGGUCAAGGUGGGUGGCAGUGUGGUGGGGAUGGCGGUGACAGACGUGCUGGACGAUGCUCGGGAAGACGAGGGGAUCAGCCGCAAGCAGCACGCUGCCCUUUCCUCUGCCAUGGCCACAGCGCUGCAGGACAAGCUGGACCCCAACAACUGA